CGAACACAAAACCAAGCUCCAAUGUGCCUGCCACAUGGUUUUGUUUUGUUCGUUGUACUUAUCGUUUAAUACCUAAAUUUUGAUUGUUUAUUUAAUUUUGUGGUUUUUGUUGUACUAAUUAAUUGUGGUAUCAUGGCUCGAACUAAACGAAAAGCUGUUGUUGGAGCCAAGCGAGUUUAUAUGACGCGGCGUAAGGCUAUGGAAAGACUUCAGUUAACAUUGAAAGAUUUUAGGCGAUUGUGUAUAUUGAAAGGUGUUUAUCCAGUUGAACCGAAAAAAUUGAAAACGGGAAUGACCCGUGGUAAAACAUAUUAUCUUCGGGAUGACAUUCGUUUUCUUGCUCGAGAUCCAGUUAUUUGGAAAUUUUGGGAGUAUAAAACGUUUCUUAAAAAGAUGACCAAAGCAACGGCCAAAAAGAAUGAGCUUACGUUACAAACUUUAAGAGACAAUGCUCCUACUUAUAAAAUGGAUCAUAUUGUUAAGGAAAGAUAUCCAACUUUUAAUGAUGCUUUAAAAGAUUUAGACGAUGCUCUCUGUAUGUGCUUUCUUUAUGCCAAUUUCUCAAAAGUUAAAGGUGUCCCUGUUGAAAUUGUAGAUCUGUCCAGACGUUUAACAUUGGAGUUUAUGCAUUAUGUUAUUGAGAGUCAAUCACUACAGAAAGUUUUUAUUUCAAUCAAGGGCUAUUACUAUCAAGCCGAGAUUAUGGGACAAACAAUAACUUGGGUUGUACCACAUCAAUUUGUUUUACAGGCUCAGCCAGAAGUCGAUAUGAGAGUUAUGCGAUCAUUUACCGAGUUCUAUAUUACUUUACUCGGUUUUGUCAAUUAUAAACUUUAUUCUAGCAUCAAUAUGUAUUACCCUCCUAGACUUAGCCUUAAGAAAGAAACUGACAAAGAUAUGAUUGUUGGAGAAGACAAACAACACGCUCUCUAUGAGUAUAUUGGUUCACUGAAUCGAUCUUUACCUCGCUCUAAAACUGAUGAAAUUCCUGUGGAGAACAAGCCAGAUGAGUUUGACGAAGAGGAAGCAGAAGAAAGCGACGACGAGAAUGGAGAUGAGCCAAAAGCCAAGAAAAGGAAAACAGUAUCCUAUCAUAAAAUGGUUAAAGAGCAAAAUAUCUUCAAAAAUCUUAAAUUUUUCCUUAAUCGAGAAGUUCCACGCGAAUCUUUAACUUUCGUGAUAAGAUCUUUCGGUGGACAAGUUUCAUGGGAUAAAACAUCAUUCGUUGGAGCUACCUUUAGUGAAGAUGACCCAUCCAUUACGCAUCAAAUUGUUGAUAGAGAGGUUAUACCUAACAAAUAUAUGAAUCGAUAUUACAUUCAACCACAAUGGGUUUACGAUAGUGUUAACGCCCGUACCUUGUUGCCUGUUGAAAACUAUUUCCACGAUGUUAUCCUUCCACCCCACCUUUCUCCAUUUGUGGAGAAUACCGAAGGUGGUUAUGUCCCGUCUGAUGUUUCUUACCAACAAAAUCUUGCUUUUGGUGAACGUAAAGUAGACGAAGAAGAAAAUGAAGAAGAUGAAAGUGAGCCCGAGUCAGAAGAAGAAGCUGUGGAACAUUAUGAAAAGGAUCUUAAGAUGAAAGUUAAGGCCGGUAAAGAAGAAAAAGUAGACAAAAAACGUAAAGAGGAACUAGAAAAGGCUGAAGAGAAGAGGAUGGCAGUCAUGAUGAUUCCAAAGAGACGCAAACGACUUUAUGAUAAAAUCAUGUAUGGUAAACGUCGUAAUAUUAGGAAUACUGAAAAACUAAAAGAAAAACGUGAAAAAUACGAAGCUUCUCAAGGAAAACAAAAUUUCAAAGGCAAGAAAGCAAUAAGAAAAAAACGCCAAGAUUAGUUAUGGAUUUAAAAGUAUCAUUUCAAAUUUUUGUGAUUUCAAACUCGACCAAUUUUCAUCAAAAUCAAUAUGCGAGUGAAACCCGAAAAUAACAUACUGAUUCGCUGAAGUAAAUUAAAGCAUGGCUAUGUUGUUGAUUAAAAGUGAUAUUUGGACUGUGAAUUAUCUUGAUCAAUUUCAGAUGUCUAAUUUUAUUUCUGUAUAAAACAUGGUUGAUGUAAAAAUUACAAUUUAUUUGGUACCUAAACGUUUACCGAUCAAAAUAAACGGACAUUAUUCAUCUACAA